AUGUUUUUGCCUCUUCUUUUGCUCACCCGUCUCCCUCCCCCCCCACACCUCCUCCAUAUUAGUGAGAAGGCAGUAGCAUGGGCGCUCAAGAACCACAUUCGUCCAUCGGAUCGAGUCACUCUGCUGCACGUGCGCCCAGUUGUCGAGUCGGGACCUGGCCUCUUUGCAGCCUACGCAGACUCCACACUGUCAGCAGAGGCGAUGGCGGAGGUUGACCGAGUGAGAGAGAAGCACAACGCUGGGGUGGCGUGGGAAGAUUGGCGCCACAUCUUGAACCCAUCCUAUGCCGGCUCCACACUGUCAGCAGAGGCGAUGGCGGAGGUGGACCGAGUGAUAGAGAAGCACAACGCCGGGGUGGCCCUAUGCGGAUUCAACAUUGUCAGCAGAGGCGAUGGCGGAGGUGGACUGAGUAAUAGAGAAGCACAACGCUGGGGUGGUGUGGGAAGAGUGACUCUGCUCUCUGUUUUCUUUUGGCUGUAUCUUGCCUCCUACGCGGAUUCAACACUGUCAGCAGAGGCAAUGGCAGAGGUCGACCGUGUGAUCGAGAAGCACAAUGCUGGAGUGCGGAGGAAAUUCGUGAGCAAUCUGUCGCACCAGCUGGACCAGGCCAAGGUCCAAUACGACUUAGUGGCAGUGCAAUACGACAUAGUGGCAGUGCAGGACGCGGACCUCAGGGAGCGCAUCUGCGAGAGCCCUUGUAAUGAACAUGUGCUAUCUGCUGCAUUCUCCCCUCCCUUCCUUUGCUUGUCGUACCAUCUUCCUCUUGUCCUUUGGCCACCACCACCAGGUGCAAUACGACAUAGUGGCAGUGCAGGACGCGGAUCCCAGGGAGCGCAUCUGCCACGAGGUGGAGAGGAUGAAGGCACAUACACUCAUCAUGGGGUCUCGGGGACUCAGUACCGUGAAGCGGUGAGAUGUGGUGCAGAGAUGGUGCAGUACGGUGAAGCGGUGAGAGAGCGCAGUGUGGUGAGGUGA